CUGAGCCUCCACGAUACGUCACCCUCCUCCUGGCAUCACUUUUUGGCGACCUUUGGAGGUUCGCUUCCGAGUGUGAACUCAAGAAAGAUCGCAAGUGCAAGUAACAAGCAACUUUGAUAGCAGACUUCUUGAUUUGUAGAUGCAGUCAGUACUCGCAAGAUGAUGUCGUUGGCGGACUCUCUCUUGGGUACUUCGGUAUCGUCCCUCUUUGAAGGUGAAGAAGAGGAAGAAGAAGAAGAUACAACUAUCCACCACUACCACAAGGUGCAUGACGACGACGAAGAUACGGCGAGUGAAUCGGAACAAGCACAUGCAGAGGACGAGGAUGUGUUGGGAUUGAGCGCCCGCUUUCCCAGCAUCUCCCAAGAGGAACGAGACGCGUUUCGUCGCCAUUUUCAUCACAAUGAUGACCAAUGUGUGAAAAUGCUAGAAGAACGAGUUUUGUUUCGGGCCAUGUACGAGAUUGAUUCCCCGGCCUUCUUGCAAGCCCAACAGGAUGCCGACGACCAAGCCGAUUGGGAAUGGGCUUCGCAAACAGCCCUGGAAGCGUCCAAGCAUAACGAAGAAUUGAUUCCUGGAUUGGAAGGCUGUGGGGACCAUCGGUACUGUCAUUUGGAGUCCAUUCCACAGUCUUGUUUCAUGUGCCAAACGAAGGAUGGCAGUCCGGCUCUCACCAAGAAUGGAACCCCCUUUGUCCAUGUCGUCCCACCCUUGAUCAAUCUCGAUUCCACCACGGGUGCUUCCCCGGAAGUCCAUGUGACUGCCAUUGUCUUGUAUCUUGAGCGCAAGAAAUUGCACAUCAAGAAUGGCUUUACCUGCUUGAUUGAUUGCCGACAAGGACGAGGAUGGCCCAAUCACAACGUCUUUGUCAUAUUGCCUUCCGUACAACUCAUUGCUUCCGCCAUGGACAAACUCUUUCCCGGUCAACUACAGCGGCUCGUCGUGUAUCCGGUACCCUUUGCUCUGUACUAUGUCUUUGACAGACUCAAGGGAUGGUUGCCCACAUCCAUUUCCGAAACGGUCGAAUUGGUCCAUGGGGUCGAUAGUGCCGAUGCACCACCACCCACCGAAUUGUCGCAGUUUCUCGAUCCAGAAUGUGUGGAUGCCAUGGAACAGAAUCGAAGAGCCCGCUACUUGGCCAAAUUGGUGCAGGUGUGACAACAACAACAACACGAGACAGGGACAGCUCGUUGAUUCGUUCAUUCAUUCAUGCAUGCAUCAGAUCUCUUGUUUGCGCGUGUUUAUCACCAACAGCAACACUCCAUGUCCGCACGCAAAAAGUCAAUCUACAAUACAUACUGGCAAACAUACAUGUACGUUACUUUCUAAAUCAAUCAAAACACCUUUCAUUUCUUUCUAUAUCUCGUUUCUGGUGGCUUGCCGUGGCGUUGUUGGUGACGAUGGCUACAAGCCAUGCUACCGGUACAGUAGACCAGCACUGUCACAACAAGGGAUACACAAGCAAAGGAAUUCGGUCAUGUCCUCGGAGAAGAGAGGAAUGGUUCUCCCUUGCAGUGUACCGUAGACGCACCGGUAUGGUACAGAUUCCGCAAUGAACAUCACGCAUGCAUCCUCUGGAAGAGGUCGCUUGAUUCACUUUGGCUUUCGAUCAUCAUUUUGUGACAUACUGCCUGCCGCCGAGGGUCGCGUCCGUGCCAGCCUUGACACUCAAGAAUCCUCAGACGGCUAGCUGGGCAUAGCAACAUGGUAACACCACCCCAAAGCGCCCUCCCAAUGCCUCAACUACUACCGGUACUACCGUAGUGCUCAAGUGGCACAAAGUCCAGACGAAUAGAAUACAAGAAGCUGUUGUACUAAAUGAAUCAUAAAACCCACAAAAUGUAUCAUUCUAU